AGCGAGAAUAGAGUACUUAUCUAAGACACUACGCUACAGCAAAGACGUAAAGUACGGACCCAAUCUUGUGAUCUUGUUAAUUCACACAAACAAUGUGGCUCUGGCUAUCGUCGGGGCCCUCACCUGGGCAUCCUCCCGACGGCGUUUCAUGAACCUUUAGUCGAAACUUCUGCUCAAAAGCAUUGGGGGAAUGGACUUCGGUUCCUCGUCAUAGAAAUUUGAUGGGCAAGGCAGCACUAGCUGUACAUAGCGCAGUAUCUCAUGCAGUAGCAAUACGCAGGAAACCGGGAUCGUGCAAAAGCAGCAGAGGCAGUAACCGUAAAUAGCAUAUCCUCGCUGAGGCAGUGACGCGUACAAGCAGUGGCACUAACAAAAUAAUUUACAAGUAGAGUUGUAAAGCAAGUAAAACUAAAAGGGCACGCACAGUAUCCGUCGUGACAGGUACUGGUGGUAUCCGCCGUGACCAGUUUACUAUACUUGCACUUCCUAACAAGAAGCGGUAAAUGCAUCAAAAGUACAACAUUAUAAGUAGAAAAGGCCUCAGUUUUUGACAUCAACAAAGUCGAGUACAAGUCUACUAAUGCAGACAGAGGACGUCGGCUUGUUGAAGUAGUCGUUGCACAUCUACAAGCCUAACAGCAGUCAACACACCUUCCGCAUAACACAAGUCAACACACCUUCCGCAUAACACAAGUCAACACACACGAAAGGAACAAAAAGGAACAAGUACUAAAAAAGGAACAAAAAGGUUUCUAAAAGAACGAAAGGAACAAGUACUAAUCAAAGAAGCCCGUUGGCAUCAUGGCGUGUUGUUUUUGCCUCUUACCCGGUGACGUCCGGGACUACUACUCCUUCGAGGAGAAAAUAGGAGCUGGCGCGUUCGGCCAAGUUCGUCGAGCUCGAACGCACAAAACGGGGAAGCAUGUGGCGAUUAAGGUUCAGCUUCUUUUUAUGUUUCUCGUUCUUUACGUUCAUGCUUCUGUAGCUUUCGUUGACGAAUUCAUACUUCUGUAGCUUGUUUCGUUCACGAAGAGGAGCUUCACCUUGAAUUUGAAUGGACUCUCUGCGGCCUUCUUACAACAUCAAAAAUUUCUGCACCACCACCACCACCAACAUGUUCUUCUCUCAGAUAAUACUCCGAUGCGAGCAGGGCGUAACCUACGAGGAACUGAUGGUGGAGAUAGAGUGCAUGAAACGACUAGACCAUCCCAACGUUGUCGGCUUUCAUGGCUACUUUACCGACGACCGCUUCAUCUAUAUCGUGAUGGAAGAAUUCCUUGGAGGGGAGCUGAUUUAUGAGAUGGUUACUUUUGCUUUUUCGCACAUGAAAUAUCUUCUCAAUGCCUUAGUCCCUCUCUAACGGUCGCAUCGCUUACGAGACUCGAGGAGACGCGUGACGGAGAGGGAAGCAGCCCGAUACGUGAAGAUGAUGCUGCAAGCAUUAGAGUACCUGUGCCGGUCUGAGGUUAGUGUGGUGCAUCGAGAUAUCAAACCAGAAAACUUCCUGUUUCGCACAGAAAGCACGGAUUCGGACCUAGCGCUGAUAGAUUUUGGCCUUUCGCAAGUGAUACGGGACGGCGAUUUUUUGCAGACUUGUUGUGGUAAUUUUUGCUAUUCUUGUUUGAUUGAAUACAUUAGCCCAGGCACAGUCCAAUACAUUAGCCCAGGCGGGGGUCCAAUACAUUAGCCCAGGCACAGUCCAAUACAUUAGCUGAGAUGUCAAAGACUCAAGAUGCGAGCCUUAGAGGAAGAAAUUUCAUAGACUCAAGUUGUACUUCUACAUUUCAAGUUAAUACCUCCUUUGUUCCAAUUUAGAUUUAUGGUCCAAACUCAAGUACGUACGACGUAUUAUACUACUGUCAAGGCUAGUUGUAGUACUUUUAGUACUACAAAAAGUACUAGUAGCAUACGAGUGAAUCACUUCUCCUUCUUCCACAAAUACUCGACGACAUUGUUUAUGGUCCAAUGCAUUAGCCCAGGCACAGUCCAAUACAUCUCCCUGUCACCAGGCACAGUCCAAUACAUUAGCCCAGGCGGGGGUCCAAUACAUUUCCCUAUCACCAGGCACAGUCCAAUACAUUAGCCCAGAGCAGAUCCGCGGGCGUUAUCGAUUCAGUGGCGACAUGUGGGCUGUGGGAAUCGUUUGCUACCUCCUCAUGGUGGGAAAGUUUCCUUUCAAAGGUGA